AUGGCCUCAACUGCGGGUAUCAAAACACGCAUCUGCAUGAUCUCAGACACUCACACCACCAGUCCCUACUCGCCAUCAGAAAAGGAACAUGCCUACCGCAAUCCCCUCCCAGAAGCCGACAUCCUCCUCCACUCCGGCGAUCUCACAAAAGUCGGCUACCGCACCGAACACGAAGAAACAAUCUCAAUGCUCAAAGCCGCGCCCGCAGAACUAAAGCUCGUUAUCGCAGGCAAUCACGACAUCACCUUAGACGAAGAAUACUUCCUCUGCACCGGCUACAAAAAGCACCGGAAAACAGCAUACUUCGGCGCAAAAAAUAUCCCACUCCAUAAAGACGAGCAAACCCGCCUCGAAGCCAUCAAGGGGGGAACAAUCCCACCACCCCCGGAACUACUAUCUUAUAUAAGAGACAUAAAAGACCUAUACACGAACGAGUCUGCCCGCGCCGCAGGAAUAAGAUACCUAGAUGAAGGAAUCCACACAUUCACGCUAACCUCUGGCGCAAAAUUCACCGUCUACGCCUCACCCUACCAACCCGAGUUCUGCAACUGGGCGUUUGCAUAUCAUCGCAAUGAAGAUCGCUUCAAUCUCCCCGCGCCGGGGUCUACGGCCCCAAUUCCUGCAAACCCGGUCCCGGACUUCCCAAGUAUCGAUAUUAUGAUCACUCAUGGCCCGCCGGCGGGGGUCCUGGACCGGGUUGGUGAUGAUCGCAAUAAAUUGGAGCACGUCGGGUGCGAAAGCCUGAUGCGCGCGGCUGGGCGCGCAAGACCAAGACUUUAUCUUUUCGGACAUAUUCAUGAAGGAUGGGGUGCAGGCAGCAAGGAGGGUGGCAGUGCUAGUGUUAGUGUCAAGCAGGAAAGGAUCCCCGUCGACGAGAAAGAUAUGCUCGAGAAACAAGGCGUUUAUCUUGAUAUUAGUUCAGAGGGUGAGCGACCGCUUGCUUUCGGGGAUGAGACUCUUUUUGUCAAUGCUAGCAUUGUGGAUAUCUAUUAUCGGCCGGUUCAUGCGCCUUGGGUGGUUGAUUUGGAUUUGCCAAGGGGUUGA